AUGCCGUCGUUCGGCGUGUUCCUCGCCGCGUUUCUCGCAGCAGGGUUGCUAGGAACUCUCGUGUUCGGACCGUUAAGCGAAAUCCCACACGCGCCGUUGAACGAAUUCCCGUCACGCCAUGGGGGGAUCACUUUUGAGGCGACUCGAAAGCAGUCUCCGCCGGAACAUGGAGGCGCGAUCAUGUUUGGAGCGAUCAAGUCGGCGAUUAGGAGAAUCGCGGAACCGCUAACCUCCCCAAGGGUGGAGGAAAAGCAGAGAUGCUUAGACGAGCUACAGAGACUAAGGAAAUGGCAAGAAGAGCUGGGAGCUGACGCAGCAUCAACUGCCAGCUCAGCUGCGCAAUCUUUUCCCUCCAAGUCACCUGCCACGUCAGCCUCCGCUACCACCACCAUUACCACCACUGGCACCACAUCUUCCACGAACCUGCCAUUACUCCAUUCUUCCAGCUCAGAGAUUCGAACUCCGACCUCCAAUGCUCAACAUGCCCAGCUGUUGCCAUGGUCUGCCAGUGCCGCUGCUGCAAUACAUAGAGGGCCGGAGCUGCCACUGCUGAGUGCACGGUUGCAUGCACAGGGGCGUGAGUUGGGCGAUUUGCAUGCUGCCAUUCGUUCCCUGCUCACUGUAGACGAGAGGAGAACAGAACAAGAACUUACCAUCAGCAGCACCAGCGGCAGUGGUAGCGGUGGCAGUGGCAGCGGUGGCGGUGGCAGCGGUGGCAGCGGCAGCAGUGGCAACAGCGGCAGCGGCGGCGGCGGCGGCAGCAGAAGAAGAAGCAUGCAGAGGCAUCUCGAUGCACCUCCAGCAACAACAACCCCAGCAUCUGCGUCAGCUGCAGCAGGAGAACCAGCCUCAGUGCGCCGAAUGCUGAGUCACACGUACAGAACUCCCAACCUCAACCCGAAUGCCGCCUGCGCCGAGAAUGAGACGAGCGUUGCUGCCCUCAGGGCCCACCUGGCCGCCAAGGCAGUGCAGCUUCGGGCGACUCAAGUGCAGAUCGAGGAGAUGCAGCGCACCGUGGGCCGAGUCAACUAUCAGAAGUUUCUGCUAGACUAUGCUCUCUCAGAGACCACUGUUGACUGGAACGACCGCCUGCUGCCCCCACAGAGGAUGGAGGAUGCGCGUCGUGCAAUAAACACCUGCACUGCCAAUGGCGUUGUUGUCACGACAAAGAAAUUACAACUCUGGAAGGGCUAUGCAUGCGACGCAUCGGACGAUGACAUCUACUCAUUCCUCGAGUACGAUCCCAACCGGCUGUGCCCCGAUGACUGGAUGGCAACCCAGGCGCUCAUAUUCACCCACAACUGCUUCGCGCUGCCCAAGCGCCGCUGCAUGGCGCGCACCAACCAGAGAUGGACCGAGCCCCUGCCCUUCCCAGCAGCUCUCUUCACGCAAUCUGCACUAAAGGACGAGAACGUGCGGUGGAGCCUGCAUUCUUGCAAAUCCUUUACGUGCCUCAACACGCGUGUGGUGGGGGACUGUCGCAACUGCUUCAACCUCACUCUGGAGAAGAACCGAUGGCAGCGCGGAUUCAGAGGCUCUCUGCCCAUCGCUUAUGUCAUCAAGCUGAAACGGGGAUCGUUGAGGCUCGGGCUAGACGCGGGCGGAGGCACGGGGACGUUUGCAGCGCACAUGGCGCUAUACAACGUGACGAUUCUCACGACAGCCAUGAAUGUGGAGACAGUGGCAGGGCGCACAGGCGGACUGCCUUACAUGGAGACCCUCGCUCACCGGGGGCUCAUCCCCCUCUGGUUACCACACAAGGCACGCUUGCCCCUCUUUGACAACACACUAGAUCUCGUGCACUGCGUCAACAGCAUCAAGUACCUCCCGGUGUUGGAAUUCGAGGAGCUCAUCUUCGAAUGGGACAGGGUUCUGCGAGUCGGUGGAGUCAUGUGGUUGGAGAUGUUCUACGCGCCUCUUGAUGAAAUGCCACUCUAUAUCGCAAUCAUCGAGCAGCUACAGUACAAGAAGCUACACUGGAACAUUACGCCUAAGCCCGACAGUGGCGAGCGGAAGGGCAUGCACGUUUAUUUGAACUGUGUUAUCGAGAAACCCUUGCGUCGAGACAGAUAA